AUGAUCAAAGGGAAACGAAAAUUUCGGGAAGCAUUUGAGAGAGAUGAAAAUACUGUUCCAAAUUACUUUCGACAGCAUUUCGAAGAAACUUUAGAUCAAACUGUUGCGUCUACAUUAUUAGCAUUAGCAAACGAACCGAAGCGUGUUGUUCUGGAGGGUCUUGGGAUAGGUUUGUUCCAUCAGCGCUAUUCAGAGCUGAAAGAUAAUACUCUAAAACAGGAAGAAAUUACGAAUUUUGGUUUGAAUUCGAAGUUGAUAAAAAACUUUGAAAUUCUAAAUGGGAACCCGAUGUCCAGCGCACAGUUAUCAUUGUACACUAUUAUUGGCAGAUAUAUCGACCUUUAUGCAACAGGAUUAAAAAUCGAUUGCACACCGUUGUAUUGCUUGCAUGCUAUCAAUCAUAUUACGCAAACACGAAAUAUGGUAAUAGAGAAUAAAAAUUUUCUGCAAGAAUGUCGCGAGAAGGGGUCGAUUACUGAAGAUGAUAUUGAAAAGACACGUGACCAAGGAUUAUCUCGACCCAAAGUGCUCAUUAUUUGCCCGAUGAAAAAGGAUGUCUUUUCAAUUAUCGAAAAUUUCCGGCUACUGAUUUUUGGUAGUUCAGACAAGCCGUUUAUUUCAAAUUAUCGCCGUUUCAAAGCUGAAUUUGGUGAAACAGGAUUUAAGAUAUCGGAGAAAAGAAAAGUUUCAGUUGAUUAUCGGAAAUUAAUGAGUGGAAAUAUUGAUGAUUGCUUCCGAAUUGGUGUUGCAAUUGCCAAAAAAAGUUUAAAACUUUAUACGGUAUUUGAUGAAUCGGAUAUUUUAAUUGCGUCACCAGUAGGUUUACGGAUGAUUGUAGGUGAAGAUGGCGAAAAUAACUCGGGACGAGAAACGGACUUUUUGGCUUCCAUAGAAGUAUUAAUCAUUGAUAAGGCUGACAUAUUGUUAAUGCAAAAUUGGGAACAUUUGUUGAGUGUUGUCAGUAGUUUGCAUAUAAAACCGAAAAAACUCACAGUUGAUAUAUCGCGAGUUCGACGUUGGUGCCUCGAACAAUACUCUAAGUUUUACAGACAAACGGUGCUGAUAUCGGAAGAACGUCGUGCGGAAUGUGAUGCAUUAUUUGCUCUUUAUUGUGGGAAUUUUGCUGGCUUUAUCAAGCUUCUUACACGAAGUGAAGGAUUGCUAGAUAAUAUAGAAAUUCCAUACUGCCAGGAAUUGCAGCGAAUUGAUGUUGAUAUGCCAGAAAAUCAAUCUGAUCUCCGAUUAAAAUUUUUCAAAGAAAAAAUUCUGCCAAAGUGUGAAUUGGGCACGGUUAUCUUUAUCCCAUCAUAUUUUGACUUCGUGAGAAUUCGAAAUUAUCUGAAAAAUGAAAACGAAAGCUUCGUCCAACUUCAUGAAUAUGCAAAGGAAGGGAAGGUAGCAAAAGCGCGGGCAUUAUUCUAUAAGAAGGAAAAAAAACUUAUGCUCAUAACAGAACGAUUUCAUUUCUAUAGACGUUACAAUAUUAAGGGUAUCAAAUCGCUCGUUUUUUAUCAACCUCCGGCACAAUCCAAAUUUUACCACGAACUGAUCAAUCAGGUGAACUGUAAUUAUGCCCAUGUUCGUGUGCUAUACACAAAGUUUGACUUCCUCCGUAUGGCUCACAUAUUUGGUGAUAAUUGCAUGCGGCAAGUAAUGUCUUCCACUAAAAUAAUGCAUGUUUUGGUAAGCCGGUAG